AUGUCCCUCGAAGCCGAAGCCGAAGCCCUCGAGUCCGGCCUCCUAGGCAUCGGCCUGGGCUCUGAUUCCGAAGACGAGUCGACGACCACCACAAAUGCCAAAACCGAAGUCGUACCCGAAUGCGCACCUCCAGCAACCAAAGCCGACCGCACCGCCCUCUCGGAAGAAGCUUUUCAAGAAUUGAAGAGGACGUACAGAGUGAAGGUUGAGAACGGGGAGUUCCACCUCAACCUCCCCUUCCCCCUCGGCUCUACCUCCUCCGACGGAAGCAGCAGGACCAUCAACAAGCCAGAAGCGCAAGAGAUCUUGCACGCGGUGGAGGAGCUUUAUUUUUUCCGGAGAUACGAGGAGGCGGUGGCGCUGAUUCAGAAAAUAAGGGCGGAUGCGGGGGAGGGGUUGUUUGAUAAAGAUACGACGGGGUUGUUGAGGUUGUAUGAGACUAGGUGUGGGGAGAGGUUGAAGUCGAAGGGGCAGUAG